UCGCGAAGAGCCAUCCAGUGCGGUUGGAUGAGCUCACCAAGAAAUACGAAAGGAAUAGUGAACAAGUAUAAGUCAGUGAAGAAAGUGACAAGCAGAUAAGAAAUACAUAAGAGUGAACCGAGAAAGAGUGAGAUAGAACCGGAAGUGGUCCGAGGAAGGACUUUUGUUAUCGCCGCUCGAGUGCUUGAACUCUCGGCACGAUGGAGCUCAGCGGGGCCUCCAUUGGUGUCGUGCUCCUGAUCCUGGCGAUCUCCUAUUGCCAGGCGGAACUAACGCCGCCAUAUUUCAAUCUGGCCACAGGCCGAAAGAUCUAUGCCACUGCCACUUGUGGCCAGGAUACGGACGGACCGGAGUUAUAUUGUAAAUUAGUAGGAGCCAAUACGGAGCACGAUCAUAUGAACUACUCGGUCAUCCAAGGACAGGUUUGCGACUUUUGUAACCCCAAGGUGCCGGAGAAGAAUCAUCCGGCAGAGAACGCGAUUGAUGGCACCGAGGCCUGGUGGCAGAGUCCUCCGUUGUCCAGGGGCAUGAAAUUCAAUGAAGUCAAUCUGACCAUCAAUUUCGAACAGGAGUUCCAUGUGGCCUAUUUGUUCAUUCGCAUGGGCAACUCCCCUCGUCCGGGAGUUUGGACGUUGGAGAAGUCCACGGAUUAUGGCAACACCUGGACCCCUUGGCAGCACUUCUCCGAUACUCCCGCCGAUUGCGAGACCUACUUCGGCAAGGACACCUACAAGUCAAUCACCCGCGAUGACGACGUCAUUUGCACCACCGCAUACUCAAAGAUUGUACCGCUUGAGAAUGGAGAGAUUCCCGUGAGGCUGCUGAACGAGCGACCCAGCUCCACCAACUACUUCAACUCAACGGUGCUGCAGGAAUGGACCCGUGCCACCAACGUCAGGAUCCGUCUUCUGCGUACAAAGAAUCUUUUGGGACAUCUGAUGUCCGUGGCUCGACAGGAUCCCACGGUAACGCGUCGUUAUUUCUACUCGAUCAAGGACAUCUCUAUCGGAGGAAGAUGCAUGUGCAACGGACACGCCGACACCUGCGACGUUAAGGACCCGAAAAGUCCAGUGCGCAUCCUCGCCUGCCGCUGCCAACACAACACUUGCGGCAUCCAGUGCAACGAGUGCUGUCCAGGAUUCGAGCAGAAGAAAUGGCGCCAGAACACCAAUGCCCGACCAUUUAACUGCGAACCUUGCAACUGCCAUGGUCACAGCAACGAGUGCAAGUACGAUGAGGAAGUGAACCGCAAGGGACUCUCCCUGGACACUAACGGACACUAUGAUGGAGGUGGCGUUUGCCAGAAUUGUCAGCACAACACCGUAGGAAUCAACUGCAACAAGUGCAAGCCGAAGUACUACCGACCGAAAGGAAAGCACUGGAAUGAGACUGAUGUUUGCAGUCCCUGCCAAUGUGACUUCUUUUACUCCACCGGACACUGCGAGGAGGAAACCGGAAACUGUGAGUGCCGUGCCGCAUUCCAGCCGCCGAGCUGUGACACCUGUGCCUACGGAUACUACGGAUAUCCUAACUGCCGGGAGUGCGAGUGCAACCUGAACGGAACCAAUGGAUACCAUUGCGAGGCGGAGAGCGGACAGCAGUGUCCGUGCAAGAUCAACUUCGCAGGGUCCUACUGUAAGCAGUGCGCCGAGGGGUACUACGAAUUUCCCGAGUGCAAGGCCUGCGAGUGCAACAAGAUUGGCUCGAUCUCCAACGACUGCAACGUGACCACUGGAGAGUGCAAGUGCCUUACGAACUUCGGUGGCGACAACUGCGAGCGAUGCAAGCACGGAUACUUCAACUACCCCACCUGCUCAUACUGCGACUGCGACAACCAGGGCACGGAGUCGGAAAUAUGCAACAAGCAGUCUGGCCAGUGCAUCUGUCGUGAGGGCUUCGGGGGUCCGAGAUGCGAUCAAUGCUUGCCAGGAUAUUACAAUUAUCCAGACUGCAAGCCCUGCAACUGCUCCACCACAGGUAGUUCGGCGAUCACCUGUGACAACACUGGCAAAUGCAACUGUCUUAAUAACUUUGCCGGAAAACAGUGCACGCUCUGUACUGCCGGCUACUACAGCUAUCCGGACUGUCUACCCUGUCACUGCGACUCUCACGGAUCUCAGGGAGUGUCCUGUAACUCGGACGGACAGUGCCUGUGUCAAGCCAACUUCGAUGGACGGCAGUGCGAGUCAUGUAAGGAGGGCUUUUACAACUUCCCCAGCUGUGAGGACUGCAACUGUGAUCCGGCGGGAGUAAUCGAUGAGUUCGCCGGAUGCGGAUCGGUGCCCGUGGGUGAGCUAUGCAAGUGCAAAGAGCUAGUCUCGGGUAGGAUCUGCAAUGAGUGCAAACCCAUGUACUGGAAUCUGAACUCCAGCAAUCCGGAGGGAUGCGAGAUUUGCGAUUGCUGGACGGAUGGUACUAUUUCCGCCCUGGACGCCUGUACCUCCAAGUCUGGGCAGUGUCCCUGCAAGCCCCAUACUCAGGGCAGGCGCUGCCAGGAGUGUCGGGAUGGCACCUUUGAUCUGGACAGUGCCUCGUUGUUUGGGUGCAAGGACUGCAGCUGCGAUGUGGGCGGAUCGUGGCAAAGUGUUUGCGACAAGACCAGCGGCCAGUGCAAGUGCCACCCGAGAAUUGCGGGUCUGACAUGUACCCAGCCCCUGACCACUCACUUCUUCCCAACGCUUUAUCAGUACCAGUACGAAUACGAAGAUGGAACACUGCCCUCGGGCACUCAGGUGCGCUACGAUUACGAUGAGGAGGCUUUCUCCGGAUUUAGCAGCAAGGGCUACGUGGUUUUCAAUGCCAUUCAGAACGAGGUGCGCAACGAGAUAAAUGUCUUCAAGUCUUCUCUUUACCGGAUUGUACUGCGCUAUGUGAAUCCCAAUAGCGAGAAUAUUACCGCCACCAUCUCGAUUACGUCGGAUAAUCCUCUAGAAGUUGAUCAACACGUUAAGGUUCUACUGCAACCCACUUUGAAUCCCCAGUUUGUAACCGUUGCUGGUCCCUUGGGCGUAAAACCCUCGGCCAUUGUUUUGGAUCCGGGUCGAUAUGUCUUUACCACCAAGGCCAACAAGAAUGUGAUGCUCGAUUACUUUGUUCUCCUGCCUGCCGCCUAUUACGAAGCUGGAAUUCUAACCCGUCAAAUUUCGAAUCCCUGUGAACUGGGCAACAUGGAGUUGUGCCGCCAUUACAAAUAUGCUUCCGUGGAGGUCUUCGAGCCAGCAGGAACUCCAUUUGUUAUCGGAGCCAACUCUAAGCCCACCAACCCCAUCGAGGUGUACAGCGAUCCGGAGCAUCUUAAGUUUGUAAGCCAUGUGGGCGAAAUUCCUGUCCUAAGCCAGUCGCAGAAGGAGCUAAACUACAUAGUAGAUGUGCCACGAAGUGGACCAUAUAUUUUCGUGAUCGAUUAUAUUAGCGAUAGGAACUUCGCCAACAGUUACUAUAUCAACUUGAAGGUGAAGAACAAUCCCGAUUCGGAGGCAUCCGUGCUGUUGUAUCCAUGCUUGUAUUCCACCACCUGUCGCACCUCUGUUAACGAUGAUGGUUUGGAGAAGACCUUUUAUAUAAACAAGGAGGAUCUGCAGCCAGUCACCAUCUAUGCCGACAUCAACGAUGAAUUCCGUGUGCCUAUUAUCUCGGUGACCGCCGUUCCCGUGGAGCAAUGGUCUAUUGACUACAUCAACCCAAGCCCCGUCUGUGUGAUCCACAAUCAGAAGUGUUCCACACCCAAAUUCCACUCCGUUCCCGACUCCAAAAAGAUCGAGUUCGAAACUGAUCACGAAGAUCGUAUUGCCACCAUCAAACCUCCUGACUCGGAUGAACGGGUUAAGCUAGUCCAUUUGGACAGUCAAAAUGAAGCCACAAUUGUAAUUGAAUCAAAGGUUGAUGCUACUAAGCCCAAUCUCUUUGUGAUCCUCGUGAAGUACUACCAGCCCAACCAUCCCAAAUACCAGGUGUACUACACAUUGACGGCUGGCAAAAAUCAAUAUGAUGGCAAGUUCGACAUUCUUCACUGCCCCUCGAGUUCCGGAUGCCGAGGUGUGAUUCGACCCCCAGGAGAGGGUUCGUUCGAGAUUGACGACGAGUUCAAGUUUACAAUUACUACCGAUCGAUCUCCAAGCGUUUGGCUGGAUUACCUAGUGGUGGUCCCAUUGAAGCAGUAUAAUGAUGAUCUUCUGGUGGAGGAGACUUUUGACCAGACCAUGGAGUUUAUCCAAAACUGCGGCUCCGAUCACUUCCACAUCACUCACAAUGCCAGUGAUUUCUGCAAGAAGUCCGUUUUCUCCCUGACAGCAGAUUACAACAGUGGAGCACUGCCGUGUAGUUGCGACUACGCCGGAUCCACGAGUUUUGAGUGUCAUCCGUUUGGUGGUCAAUGCCAGUGCAAGCCGAACGUGAUUGAGCGCACCUGCAGAGCUUGCAAGAGUAGGUACUACGGAUUCCCAGACUGCAAGCCCUGCGAAUGCCCGAGCAGCGCCAUGUGCGAGCCAUCCACCGGAGAAUGUAUGUGUCCGCCAAAUGUUAUUGGAGAUUUGUGUGAAAAGUGUGCCCCGAACACUUACGGAUUCCAUCAGGUGAUCGGUUGCGAAGAGUGUGGAUGCAACCCUAUGGGCAUUGCCAACGGAAAUGCGCAGUGCGACCUUUUCAACGGAACCUGCGAGUGCCGUGAUAAUAUCGAGGGCAGAGCCUGCGAUGUUUGCACUCACGGAUACUUUAACUUCCCGCACUGCGAAAAGUGCAGUUGCCACAAACCCGGAACCGAACUAGAGGUAUGCGAUAAAAUCGAUGGCUCCUGCUUCUGCAAAAAGAACGUGGUCGGAAAUGAUUGUGACCAGUGUGUGGAAGGCACGUACAAUCUGCAGGAAUCGAAUCCAGACGGUUGCACCACUUGCUUCUGUUUUGGCAAGACAUCACGGUGUGACAGUGCCUAUCUCAGGGUCUACAAUAUGAGUCUGCUGAAGCAGGUGUCAAUCAGUACGCCAGAAUUCCGUAAGGAAAGUAUCAAGUUUGAGAUAUGGCCAGUGGCCACGGAGGAUAUUCUUCUGAAUGAGACCACGGUAAGGGCGGACUUUACAUUGCGCGAAGUCAGCGAUGAACGACCAGCCUACUUUGGAGUCCUCGACUAUCUUCUUAACCAGAACAGUCAUAUUUCUUCGUACGGUGGAGAAUUGGCUUAUACCCUACAUUUCACCUCUGGUUUUGAUGGAAAAUACAUUGUGGCUCCGGAUGUCAUAUUGUUCAGUGAACACAAUGUCCUGGUGCACCAAAGUUAUGAGCAGCCCAAUAGGAAUGAGCCUUUCUCAAACCGCAUCCAUAUAGUAGAGUCGAAUUUCCAAACGGUUUCUGGAAAGCCUGUUUCCCGAGCUGAUUUCAUGAUGGUUCUUCGAGAUCUUAAGUCAAUCUUUAUUAGGGCUAACUACUGGGAGCAGACCUUGGUGGCUCACUUGGCAGAUGUGUACCUUACCCUAGCCGACGAAGAUGCAGAUGGCCCUGGUGAGUACCAAUUCCUGGCCGUGGAGCGUUGCUCCUGUCCGCAAGGGUACUCUGGACACUCUUGUGAGGAUUGUGCUCCAGGCUACUAUCGCGAUCCCAGCGGUCCUUAUGGUGGUUAUUGCAUUCCCUGCCAGUGUAACGGUCAUUCGGAGACCUGUGAUUGUGCCACCGGAAUUUGUACGAAUUGCCAGCAUGGGACUCAAGGUGACCACUGCGAGCAGUGUGUGUCUGGGUACUAUGGAAAUGCCACCCAUGGAUCACCCGGAGAUUGCAUGAUCUGCGCCUGUCCACUACCCUUUGACUCGAAUAACUUCGCCACCAGUUGCGAGAUCUCCGAGAGUGGAGACGAAAUUCAUUGUGAAUGCGAGCCAGGAUACACAGGACCCCGUUGCGAGUCCUGCGCAAAUGGAUUCUAUGGAGAACCAGAGAGUAUGGGGGAAAAAUGCAAGCCAUGCGACUGCUCUGGAAACAUAAAUCCAGAGGAUCAGGGAUCUUGCGACACAAGGACUGGGGAAUGCUUGCGGUGUUUGAAUAACACCUUCGGAGCUGCCUGUAAUCUGUGUGCUCCUGGUUUCUAUGGCGAUGCUAUUAAACUGAAGAACUGCCAGAGCUGUGACUGCGAUGAUCGGGGAACCCAGGAGUGCGAUCCUUUUGUGGGCAUCUGCACCUGUCACGAGAAUGUCAUUGGAGAGCGCUGCGAUCGCUGCAAGCCUGAUCACUACGGAUUUGAGUCAGGAGUUGGUUGCCGAGCCUGCGAUUGCGGUAAAGCUUCCAAUUCGACGCAGUGCGAUCCGCACUCGGGUCACUGUGCCUGCAAGUCCGGUGUGACGGGACGACAGUGCGACCGAUGUGCCGUUGACCAUUGGAAAUACGAGAUGGAUGGCUGCACUCCAUGCAACUGCAACCAGGGCUACUCGCGAGGAUUCGGUUGCAAUACCAACACGGGCAAGUGCCAAUGCCUGCCAGGAGUCAUCGGAGAUAGAUGCGACGCCUGUCCAAAUCGCUGGGUGCUGAUCAAGGACGAGGGUUGCCAGGAGUGCAACAAUUGUCAUCAUGCCCUGUUGGAUGUCACCGAUCGAAUGCGCUACCAGAUAGACGGUGUCCUGGCUGAUUUUAGCAGUGUCACCCUCGCCUUCUUCACCAGUCAGAAAUUAAACUAUUACGACCAGCUGGCCGACGAACUGGAGCCCAAGGUUAAGCUCCUGGAUCCCAACAGCGUGAACCUAAAUCCAUCAAAAAAAGCCAAUAGCGAACUGGAGGCGGAUGCCAAGUCCUACGCCAAACAAGUCAACCAGACUCUGGCGAAUGCGAUUGAUAUCCGCGAGCGAUCAAGCACCACUUUGGGUAACAUCACAGUCGCUUACGAUGAUGCGGUUAAGAGUGCCAAGGCGGCCGAGGACGCCAUUUCCUCUGUUAAGGCUCUUUCCAAGAAUCUCGAGGCGGCAGCAAGUACCAAGAUUGAUGCUGCUCUAGACCAAGCUCAACACAUAUUGGGACAAAUCAACGGCACGAGUAUUGAACUUGCACCCAAUGAACAAGUCCUGAAGAAGGCUAGGAAACUCCAUGAGGAAGUGAACACGUUGGUGCUGCCCAUCAAGGAGCAGAACAAAACCCUAAAUGCACUAAAGAAUGAUAUCGGGGAAUUCAGCGACCAUCUGGAGGACCUCUAUAAUUGGAGCGAGGAAUCCCAGACCAAGUCCGCCGAUGUGGAACGCCGGAAUUUGGCCAAUCAAAAAACCUUUAACAACUCCAAGUUCGACACUGUCUCGGAGCAAAAGCAACAAGCGGAGAAGAACAUCAAUGACGCGGGCAAUUACCUGAUCAAUGGGGAUCUUACUCUUAGUCAGAUCAACCAGAAGUUGGAUAGCUUGGCGGAUGCUCUGGGUGUCCUGACUUCGGUAAACAAGAAUGUGGACGAAGAGUUGCCACUGAGAGAGGUUCAGCACACAGAGGCGGAGGAGCUAACCGAUCUGGCGGAGCAGAGAGCGGCUGAGUUGACUGUAAAGGCGCAGGAUCUGGCUGUCCAGUACACCGAUAUGACCGCCAGUGCCGAGCCGGCCAUCAAGGCAGCCACUGCAUACUCGGGUAUCGUGGAGGCCGUGGAUGCUGCUCAAAAAUUCAGUCAGGAUGCUAUCGCUGCGGCCGCCAAUGCCACCCAAAUUACAGAUGGGAUUGAAGAAAGAGCGCAUUCGGCAGACACUGGAUCAGCUGAUCUUCUCCAGAGAGCCCGGCAGUCACUUAAAAAAGUACAAGAUGACCUAGAACCACGUCUCAACGGAUCAGCUGGCAAAGUCAAAAAGAUCUCCUCAGUGAACAAUGCCACCGAACAGCAGCUGAAGGACAUACAAAUUCUGAUCGCCCAGCUUCCAGCUGAAUCCCAAAGGGACAUAUGGAAGAACUCAAAUGCCAAUGCCAGUGAUGCUCUGGAGAUCUUGAAAAAUGUCCUAGAGACACUAGAACCAGUAAGUGCUCAAACACCAAAGGAACUCGAGAAAGCGAAGGGCAUCAAUAAAAAUCUGGAUCUUACCAACAAGGACAUUUCGCAGGCCAACAACCAGGUCGAAAACGUCGAGGGUUUGGUCUCGAAGCUAAACGAACAGGCGGAGGAUAUCGAGGAACAGCAGCAGCAGGUGGGAAUUCAAACCUUGCAGCUAGGGCAGGAAAUAGAGAAUCUUAAGGCACAAGUGGAGGCCGCUCGCCAGUUGGCCAACAGCAUCAAGGUGGGCGUCAAGUUCAAGCCGAGCACGGUCCUCGAACUGAAGACGCCGGAGAAGACCAAAUUGCUGGCCACUCGUACCAAUCUCUCUACCUACUUCCGCACCACCGAGCCAUCCGGAUUCCUCCUGUACCUGGGCAAUGACAACAAGACCGCUCAGAAGAACAACGACUUUGUUGCCGUGGAGAUUGUGAAUGGCUACCCGAUUCUCACCAUAGAUUUGGGCAACGGUCCAGAGCGAAUCACUAGCGAUAAGUAUGUGGCGGAUGGCCAGUGGUAUCAGGCUGUAGUGGAUCGAAUGGGUCCGAACGCGAAGCUCACGAUUAGAGAACAACUACCCAACGGUGAGGUUAUCGAGCACAGUAAGUCUGGUUAUCUCGAGGGAACGCAGAAUAUCCUCCAUGUGGAUAAGAAUAGUCGCCUAUUUGUGGGCGGCUAUCCGGCAAUAUCGGAGUUCAAUGCACCCCCCGACUUGACCACCAGCUCUUUUAGUGGCGACAUUGAGGAUCUGAAGAUCGGCGAAGAGAGCGUGGGACUGUGGAACUUUGUUUAUGGCGACGAAAACCAGGAGGGUGCCCGUGAGAGAGAUGUGUUGCUUGAGAAGAAGAAGCCGGUUACGGGGUUGCGUUUCAAGGGCAAUGGUUUCGUACAGCUGAACGCCACCUCAAACUUCAAGAGCCGCUCCAGCAUCCAGUUUAGCUUUAAGGCGGACAAAGACACGGCCAACGGUCUGCUCUUCUUCUACGGAAGAGACAAGCACUACAUGAGCAUCGAGAUGGUCGACGGUGCCAUCUACUUCAACAUUAGCUUGGGCGCCGGUGGAGGCGUUAUCGCCGGCAGCCAGGAUCGCUACAAUGACAAUCAAUGGCAUAAGGUGCAGGCGGUACGAGAAAAUCGGGAUGGUCUUCUCAAGGUGGACGAUGUAGUGAUAUCCCAGUCAAAUGCCCCAUCCCAAGCGGAUUUGGAACUGCCUAAACUUAGGAAAUUAUACUUUGGUGGUCAUCCGAGACGUCUGAACAGCUCGAUCAGUUUGCAGCCCAACUUUGAUGGUUGCAUCGACAAUGUGUCGAUCAAUGGAGGAGUUGUGGACCUAACGGAGUACGUCACUGGUGGCGGAGUAGAGGAAGGCUGUCCGGCGAAAUUCUCCACAGUGGUAUCGUAUGCUCCGCAUGAGUAUGGCUUUCUCCGGAUGAACAACAUCGAUUCGAAUAAUAAUCUGCAUGUGGUGCUGCGUUUUAAAACAAGCCAGCCGAAUGGCGUGCUAUUCUAUGCCGCCAAUCAUGACCAGAGUUCCAACAUUGGACUUAGUCUGGACGAAGGUUUGCUCAAGCUGAACAGCAUGGGCAGUCAGUUGGUAAUUGAUGACCGUCAGCUAAACGAUGGCGAAGAUCAUGUGGUUACGGUGCAACACACCCAGGGUGAACUGCGACUUUCCGUUGACGAUAUGGAGUCCAAGAGACUUGGCUCACCUGAACCGCUGAUUCUGGAGGGUGGCGACAUUUUCUUCGCAGGAUUGCCAGACAACUAUCGAACUCCCAGGAAUGCAUUGGCGACAUUAGCCUACUUUGUUGGCUGCAUCAGUGAUGUAACCGUGAACGAGGAGAUAAUUAACUUUGCCAACAGUGCUGAGAAGAAGAAUGGCAACAUCAACACCUGUCCUCCGCAUGUACUAGCCUACGAACCCAGUCUUGUGCCCAGCUACUAUCCCAGUGGGGCCAAUGAGGUGGAGUCUCCGUGGUCUAACCCCGAACCACUACCCCCACUCAUGCCUGACGUCGAGGCCAUAGAACCACCCACCUCGCCCACCACCACAACAACUACAACGACCACUCCCACAACCACUUCGACAACGAACGCAACAACCACAACCACAACCACAACCACAACCCAAACACCGAUUUUGAUUGAUGAGUUCAAGGAUUUGGAGCCUAAAUCGCCACAGAAGACUUUAACCACCCGGCCACCAGCCAAACUCAAUCUUCCCAGCGAUGAGCGCUGCAAGUUGCCGCAGCAACCGAACUUUGAUGUUGACUUUGUCGAUGCAGGUUACCGAUUCUACGGACUGCGGGAGCAACGCCUGCAAAUUAACUCACUCCCAGUAAAGUUACGUCGCCACCAUGACAUCAGCAUCACCUUCCGCACGGAGCGAUCCAACGGUCUGCUAGUUUACGCCGGAAGCAAGCAGCGCGAUGACUUCAUAGCCGUGUAUCUUCUGGACGGUCAAGUUACGUACGAAAUCAGAGUGGGCCCACUGUUGCAGGCAAAGAUCACCAGCGAAGCGGUAUUGAAUGAUGGCAUCUGGCACACUGUGGAGGCGUUGCGCACUGGCCGCAAAGUCAGCUUGCUCAUCGACAAAAUGGAGCAGCCCGGAUCCGUGGACCUGAAUGCGGACAGAAAUGGUCCAAGCCUGAAUGUCGAGAUGCCUGUCUACCUGGGCGGCGUUAACAAGUUCCUGGAGACGGAGGUUAAGAACCUGACCGGCUUCAAAACAGAGGUACCCUUCUUCAACGGCUGCCUCAAGAAUAUCAAGUUCGAUAGCGUUGAUCUGGAGACGCCACCCGAGGAGUUCGGAGUAGUUCCGUGCUCGGAACAGGUAGAGCGUGGUUUGUUCUUCAACAACCAGAAGGCGUAUGUUAAGCUCUUUGAUCACUUCGAUGUCGGCACAGAAAUGAAAAUCAGCUUUGAUUUCCGCCCGAGGGAUCCCAACGGUCUGCUCUUCUCCGUGCACGGCAAGAGCUCCUAUGCCAUCCUCGAGCUGGUGGAUAACACCCUGCACUUCACAGUAAAGACCGAUCUAAAGAACAUUGUGGCAACCACCUACACCCUGCCCCAAAAUGAGAGCUUCUGCGAUGGAAAGACUCGUAACGUCCAGGCCAUAAAGUCGAAAUUUGUGAUCAACAUAGCCGUGGACUUCAUAAGUUCCAAUCCUGGCGUGGGCGGCGAAGGAUCCGUCAGCACCAAGACGAACCGUCCGUUGUUCUUGGGCGGGCACCUGAACUUCCAAAGAGCGCCGGGCAUUAAGACCAAAAAAUCCUUUAAGGGAUGCAUCAGCAAGGUGGAAGUCAACCAAAAGAUGAUCAAUAUUACGCCGAAUAUGGUCAUCGGCGAUAUAUGGCAGGGUUACUGCCCGCUUAACUAGUGAUGAAAACCGGAAAGACUAUUGGACGUAUGACUAAAUUCGAUCAAGACUAUGAAAAACUGCCAGGGAAAAUCUAAUGUUGCCGAAAACUGCAAUUAAAAGGACAACGAACGAACAAAUUUUAAACGAUCAAAGUCGACAGGCAUGGAAAAGUCUGGGAUCUCAAAGAACGAUCCUUAGCAAAGAUGUCAGUCGUAUAUUUCUUAGUACUAUAAGCCAAACUGUGUGCCAAUCUAUUGAAACGAUACAAUACAAUACAUACAUAUUUCUAUGUUUUAAUCCUUUCAAAACUCUUCAAGUCAAUCUUUAAAUUUUAUUAUGUCUUCGAAUAAAUAAUAAAUCAUUUAAUCAAAUAACAAUUCUAAAAAAACAA